AUGUCGACACCGGGCCCGUCGCAAAAGAAGCAGGCGACACUGACGAGCUUCUUUACGCCCAAGCCGAGUGCGGGCACCAGCAAUGCACUGCCGUCGUCGAGUCCCCCCCAGUCGCUGCCCUCGCGGAAACUGAAACGACCACUCGAAGACGAGGUCGACCAGAACAAGAGACGGCGUGGGAGCGGACCGAAUGGCGCGACGAGCAGAGCCAAGACCACGGACGGCAGCAGCGGCCGGAGUCGAUUUGCCCGGGCCGUGAAGCGGGCGAGAGGGGGCAGCGACGAGGAGAACGACAGCGAAGACAAUGUGGACGACGGCGACGACGACGACGACGACUUUGUCCCAGAAACCGUGGAGGAGAACAGACAAGACGGGGACGACGGGGACGACGGGGACGACGGGGACGACGCUCCAAAGCAGACGGCCGCCGCACAGCCAUCGCCAUUGCGCAGCUCCGGUCGGACAGAACGCUACAUCUACGACGAGACGCGGUCGCAGAACGCGGAGACGGGGCGGGCACUCGGGGACAACGGAGCCGCCGCCGACAAAGACCCGGCCGACUCGUCCGACUCAGAUGACCCCGAGACGAAACGCAAAAAGGCCGAGCUGCACCGCAAGUUUGUCAAGAAGCUCGGCCACCCAGACAGCCUGGCCAAGCUGCGACGGCGCAAUUUCGUCAUUGACGGGGCGGGCGACGAAGGCAAGGACGCCGACGGGGCGGGCGACGAGGACGCGGAGGACGCGGAGGACGCGGGGGCCGACGCGGAGGACGGCGACGACGACAGCGCGGCGGCGGCCGGGCGUGGCAAGCCGGCGGCGGCGGGCAAGAAAAAGACGGCGGGCAAGCUGACGCCGGGCGACCAGCAGUUCCUGGCCAUCAAGCGGCAGCACCUCGACACGCUGCUGGUGGUCGAGGUCGGGUACAAGUUCCGCAUCUACGGCGAAGACGCGCGCGCGGCCGCCCGCACGCUGGGCAUUGUGUGCAUCCCCGGCAAGCUGCGGUACGACGAGCACCCGUCGGAGGCGCACCUGGACCGGUUCGCGUCGGCGAGCUUCCCGGUGGCGCGGCUGCCGGUGCACGUGAAGCGGCUGGUGGCGGCGGGGCACAAGGUGGGCGUGGUGCGGCAGAUGGAGACGGCGGCGCUCAAGAAGGCGGGCGACAACCGCAACGCGCCGUUUGUGCGCGCGCUGACGAGCGUGUACACCAAGGGGACGUACAUUGACGACAUGGGGGCGCUGGGCGAUGAGGCGACGUCGACAUCGGCCGGCUACCUGCUCUGUCUGACCGAGACACAGCGCGGCGGCCUCGGGGCCGACGAAAAGGUCACCGUCGGCCUGCUGGCCGUGCAGCCGGCCACGGGCGACAUCCUGUACGACAGCUUCGAGGACGGCUUUAUGCGCAGCGAGAUGGAGACGCGGCUGCUGCACAUUGCGCCGUGCGAGCUGCUGCUGGUCGGCGCCCUGUCGCGCGCCACCGAGAAGCUGGUCCAGCACCUGAGCGGCAGCGCCGCCAACGUCUUUGGCGACCGCACGCGCGUCGAGCGCGUCGCCGCCGGGGCGCCGGCCGACGCCCAGACGCACGUGGCCCAGUUUUACGCAGACAGCGUGGCCGCGGCGGGCGACAGCCACAGCGACAGCGACAGCGACAGCCACGAGCGCGCCCGCCUGCUCGACACCGUCCUGUCCCUGGCGCCGCCCGUCACCGUCUGCCUCUCCGCCAUGAUUACGCACCUGACCGAGUACGGCCUGCAGCACAUCUUCGCCCUCACAAAGUACUUUGCCGCCUUCAGCACGCGCCAGCACAUGCUGCUCAGCGGCACCACCCUCGAGAGCCUCGAGGUCUACCGCAACGCCACCGACCACGGCCUGCGCGGCAGCCUGCUGUGGGCCCUCGACAAGACCACCACGCGCCCGGGCCACCGCCUCCUGCGCAAGUGGAUCGGCCGCCCGCUGCUCGACCGCCGUCUGCUCACGGCCCGCGUGGCCGCCGUCGAGGAGCUGCUGGCCGCCGCCGGCGCCGGCCGCCGCGACAAGCUGGAGCGCCUGCUGGCGAGCACGCGCGCCACCGACCUCGAGCGCAGCCUGCUCCGCAUCUACUACGGCAAGUGCACGCGGCCCGAGCUCGUGGCCGUCCUGCAGACGCUGCAGCGCGUUGCGUCCGCCUACAUCAGCACGGUGCCGUCGACGUCGGCGGCGGCCGUCGAGUUCGGCGUCGACGGGUUCCGGGCGCCCCUGCUCCGCGACGCGCUGCACGCGCUGCCCGCCAUCCACGACACCGUCGUCGCGCACCUCGACAAGAUCAACGGCGACGCCGCGCGCCGCGACGACAAGUACGCCUUUUUCCGCGAGGCCCACGAGACGGCCGACAUGGCCGGCUACAAGAUGGGCAUCGCCGCCGUCGAGACGGACCUCGAGGCGCACCGGGCGGACAUUGCGUCGGCGCUGGCCAAGACGCACAAGCCGCCGUACGUCACCGUCGCCGGCAUCGAGUACCUCGUCGAGGUGCUCAACACGGACCUGCGCCGCGUGCCCGCGUCCUGGGUCAAGGUGAGCGGCACCAAGCGCGCCUCGCGCUUCCACACGCCGACCGUCGUGCGCCUCCUGCGCGAGCGCGACCAGCACAAGGAGGCCCUGGCCGCCGCCUGCGAUGCCGCCUUUGCCGCCCUGCUCGCCGACCUGGCCGCCUGCUACCAGCCGCUGCGCGACGCCGUCGCCGCCCUGGCCACCCUGGACGCCCUGCUGUCGCUGGCCCGCGUCGCCGCCCUGCCGGGCUACUGCAAGCCCACGCUGCUGCCGACGUCGGCCGACGGGACGGACGCAGACGACCCGCCGGCCACGCUCGACAUUCAGGGCGGCCGCCACCCGGUUGCGGAGCACACGCUGCCGUCGGGCUACAUUCCGUUUACGACACGACUCGGCGGUGACGGCAGCGCCGGCCCCGGCCCCGGCCCCCGCGCGCUGCUCAUCACCGGCCCCAACAUGGGCGGCAAGUCCUCCUUUGUGCGCGCCGUCGCCCUCUUGACCCUGCUCGCCCAGAUCGGCUCCUACGUGCCCGCCGACGCCAUGCGCCUGACCCUCGCCGACGCCAUCUACACCCGCAUGGGCGCCCGCGACAACCUGUUUGCCGGCGAGUCCACCUUUAUGGUCGAGGUCUCCGAGACCGCCGCCAUCCUGCGCGCCGCCACCCCCCGCUCCCUCGUCGUCCUCGACGAGCUCGGCCGCGGCACCAGCACCCACGACGGCGCCGCCAUUGCCCAGGCCGUGCUGGCCCACGUCGCCACCGCCACGCGCUGUCUCACGCUCUUCAUCACCCACUACCAGAACCUGGGCCGCGUCGCCGAGGCGCUGGGGCCGCCGCCGGGCGUCGUCCAGAACGUGCACAUGCGGUUUACGGCGACGCGGCCCGAGGCAGCCGAUGGCGCCGAGGACAACAGCGACACACCCCACGAAAUCACCUUCCUCUACGAAGUCGGCCGGGGCAUGGCCCACCGCUCGUACGGCCUCAACGUCGCCCGCCUCGCCCGCAUCCCGCAGCGCGUCCUCGACGUCGCAGCGCGCAAGUCGCGUGAGAUGGAGGACGAUGUGCGCGCGCGCCGUCUGCACGCGGCCGCACGGCUCCUUGGCAACGUGCUGUCGCCGGCGACCGACUCGGACUCGGGUGCAGCGGCCGCGGACCAACUCGACCAUCUCAUCGCGAGCAUUGAGCAGCUCUAG